AUGGGCGUGUCUUCGGGACAGCUGGUGGUGGGGUGUUCACUUCCCUGCUUUCCGUUGGAUGGGGGUCAGAACAACAACAUAGCUGCCCGGCCUCACGAUGACGGUCCCCGGCCUCGGAACAAUGAUCUGGGCCGCUCUUUUAGUCAUCCACCAGGUGGCAGCGGAACAUGGCAUGGCUCAUUUCAGCGAUGACAACAAAGGGAAGGACUACUGCAUCUUCUUUAACUCGCAAUGGGCACGUCUGCCUCAGGACCUCAACAAGGCGUCGCGUCUCCAGAUCUACGACCUGACCACAUCGGUCUUGUGCUCGCCCGCCGACGUCCCGGAGGGCGGCUUCCCCAACCGCAUCGCCAUGGUGAUGAGGGGUAACUGCACCUUCUACGAGAAGGUCCGCCUGGCACAGAUGAACGGCGCCAAGGGCCUGCUCAUCGUCAGCAAGGACAGACUGACGCCACCAGCGGGAAACAAGACUCAGUACGAGGAGAUUGACAUCCCCGUCGCGCUGCUCAGCUACUCUGACAUGCUGGAGAUAAGCAAGAUGUUUGCCAAGGGUAGACUGGUGGCCAUGUACGCUCCCAAAGAGCCGGUGCUGGACUAUAACAUGGUCAUCAUCUUCCUCAUGGCUGUGGGAACCGUCGCCGUCGGUGGCCACUGGGCCGGCAGCAAAGACCGCAAGAAGCGCUACAUGAAGCACAAGCGUGACGAUGGGGCGGACAAGCAGGACGAGGAGACGCUGGAUGUGACUCCCAUCAUGAUCUGUGUGUUUGUGGUCAUGUGCUGCAGCAUGCUGGUGCUGCUCUACUUCUUCUACGACAGCCUGGCAAUUUGGGUGAUAGCCAUUUUCUGCCUGGCGUCAUCCGUGGGGCUCUACAGCUGCUUGUGGCCUUUUGUGCGCCGCUUUCCUUUCUGCAAGUGCAGAAUUCCGGAGAACAACCUUCCCUACUUGCACAAGCGUCCUCAGGUGCGCGCCCUGCUGCUGUCGGCACUCUGCGUGGGCGUCAGCAUCACCUGGAUGGUCUUUCGCAAUGAGGACCAGUGGGCGGGGGUGCUGCAGGACACUCUGGGUAUCGCCUUCUGCCUCUACAUGCUCAAGACUGUCAGACUGCCCACAUUUAAGGCUUGCACUUUACUACUGACGGUGCUCUUCGUCUACGACGUCUUUUUCGUGUUCAUCACGCCCUUCUUUACAAAGAGCGGCGAGAGCAUCAUGGUGGAGGUGGCGGCAGGCCCUUCCGACUCAGCCACACACGAAAAGCUUCCGAUGGUGCUCAAGGUGCCGCGCUUGAACUCCUCACCCCUCGCCCUAUGCGAUCGGCCCUUCUCCCUGCUGGGCUUUGGCGACAUCCUGGUGCCAGGCUUGCUGGUGGUGUACUGCCACCGCUUUGACAUUUUGACACAGUCCUCCAGGAUCUAUUUUGUGGCCUGUACGAUUGCGUACGGCGUGGGCCUGAUGAUCACUUUCGUGGCGCUGGCCCUGAUGCAGAUGGGCCAGCCAGCCUUGCUCUACCUGGUGCCUUGCACUCUGCUCACCAGCCUGGCGGUGGCGCUGUGGCGAAGGGAGCUCUCUCAGUUCUGGACCGGCAGCGGAUUUGUGCCUGCCAUAGCUCUCGCUCCCAUCAAGUGUACACAAACAGCGGGGACCCAACCCGAGGGGUCAGCGGGCGCUGACGCAGCCAAUCACGGCCAAGACCCCGGUCCGCCUCAGGACAUGCCCCUGGCUGAACACGAGGAAAAGCUCAACUAAAAGCGCAUGUGUCCGUCUCAAGUUUAUUUUCCGUAUCGUGUUGCAACACACGUGGACGUUAAAAGGGACAAAGGAGAAAGAGGCGCCGCAAUGUGUGUUGCUACCUCACUUUUUAAAGGGAAUGAGAGCUAGGAGGGAAUAUGUUCCUAGCCCAGGCCCGACACGCCCCAGCGCUUGGCUCACGACAGCAUUAGCUCACAUGUAUCAUUGCUGUCCAACAAAAAGCGUGGAUCUCCACAUCUGAAUUACGUUCAGUAUCCAGAAAAGAUUUGAGUUGUUUUUAGAUUAAAAAAAAAAAA